AUUUUGCUUGGGAAUAGCGCAAUCUCGGUGGGACUGCAGAUGCAGCAAUAUUAUCACCCAUAAGCUUAGUCCACUUUUCCCUUUUCCUUUCUUCCGUCUACCUAAGUCUGUCAAGGCUCAGCGAUGUUGUCAUGUGAUUGAUCCCUCCACCGUCAUCGUCAGGUGCGUAACUAGAUGUGUCAACGAUCUUUUUUUAUUCCGAACAUGUGGUUCCCAAUCGGCGUAGACUCAAUGUUUUUCUUGCGAACAUUCGAGACUAGACCUUUUUUCUCAGUGUGGGGGUUCGGUUAUUGUCGAGCUGCUGGAUGAGCACAGAAGUCGAUCGCAGAUGGUUUGAGGAGUCUUGAAGGCUGUUGUAGUUGUUGUUGUUGUCUUAUCAUUCUGUGAGCAUAGCUUGCCUCGAUUCCUACUGGGUGACUUGACCAGCGUCUGGGCGAAGUUUGUUUCGCAAUUCUUGUUGCUUUUCAAUGCUACGCGCGAGUUUUCCCCAGCUUCGUAUAGAGGCUUCAGAUCAGUUCUAGCGUAAAAGUGGAGGGAAUAUCUUCUUAUUCUGUGGACGAGGGCUUUGUGUGGCGUGCAGGAAUCCUAUCGAGUAAUCGUGCUUAAUUUUUUUAGGAAUUGUACGAGUUGGGAUUUCGAAAAUAUGUUGUGAAAUUCUUGCUCGGGUUUCAGUGCCACUCGCAGCCGAUCGUUGGGAUUGACACUGUUUUGAAGCAAGUGCGAGGGUUUUGCUCCAGGGUUAUAGGUUUUAGGGCAGAUCCAUCUUGCUCUUCAUCUGUUAUGUGGUAAAUUCUAGCUCAGAAUUGUCUCUGCGGUAUGUUUUAUUGAUCUAGUACCGUGGAGGUGGCUGACGCAGUCUUUAUUCAGGAUGUAGAGCCCUGAGGAGCUCUAUGCGGUUUUACUAAACCGUGUUACGUUGCGACCCGGAAUAUUUUUUUCUAGUCACUAAAAGUGAUUUAUGGCGAACUCUCGGGUGAAUAUCAGUAGCUGCCUUCAGAGCCUUAACUGUUUGAGACUGUUGGAGGAAUUGCAAGUUACAAUGCGUUCAUCGCCGUUAAAAGGCGGACGUCGGCACUUUAAGCCGAAAGUUUCUAUUGGUCGGUGGACAAUCCUCGCGCUUUUCACACUUUCAAUGGUCUUUCUGUACUUGAUGGUUGGCGAUGGAUGGCGAGCAGUCGGAGAGAAUUCUGACACUGGCUCUGAGGUUACCCUACCUGGUGAGCAAGAAGGAUUUGGUCCCAUUUCAACAUGGAUUCAAUCCAAUGACCAAGAGGGAUUAAGUCCUACUCCAGCAGUGUCUCAAUCUGGUGACCAAGAGCAAUUCAGUCCUACUCCAAUAGUGUCACAAUUCGGUGACCAAGAGGGAUCCUUCGUUGUCGUCCCAACGCCUACCGCUUCAAUCGAGAACUCAAGCAUUUCACAAACAGAUUCGAGUGCGGCCCCAAGCGUCGAGGCUAUUUCCCCAACCCUACGUAGUUCUGACAAGUGUGAUGGCCGCCGUGUCUACAUCUACGAACUUGCGGCGGAAUUUAAUGAGCUGAUUUUGAGGAAUUGCACUGGGGUGGAGGCGUGGUAUUCCAUGUGCGAUGACAUCAUCAAUCAAGGGUUUGGAGUACCAUUGCAGAUUCCGGAGUCAGACCCAAUGGCGAGCAUUCUUCAACCCCCGAGUGCAUGGUUCCGCACCGACCAGUUCACCAUUGAGAUUACCUUCCACGAGCGAUUAAAAAUCCACCCGUGUCGGACCACGAACACCGAAGAAGCCUCCUUGUUCUACAUCCCUUUCUACCACGGCAUCGACUUAAUCAAAAACCUCUAUAACACAGACUUCGUGGCACGCGACCGCUUAACCCUCCUCUUCAUCAAGUGGUUGCGAUCUCAAAAGCCAUGGCAGCGCUAUCAAGGCAAACGACAUGUUCUGGUCUUGGGCCGCAUCGUGUGGGAUUUCAUCCGUGAUUACAGCAAGGACAAAACCUGGGGGAGCUCUCUGCUCACGCAUCCCGAGCUUACCAACGUCACCAAGCUCUUGAUCGAGCGUGACAUAUGGAAGGACGACACGCUUGGUGUACCAUAUCCCACUUCCUUCCAUCCAUCCUCCGAAUCCGAUCUACGCGCAUGGCAGCGCACUGUCCGGACCUUCAAGCGUCACAAGUUCGUCUCCCUGGCAGGCGCCACCCGAGAUAAUAAACUGACCGGCCUAAUUCGCGAUGCGGUCUUCGAGCAAUGUGCAAAUUCCUCUAGAUGCCACAGCAUCGCUUGCAACGACGGGUGGUGUAAGAGAAACCCCCAGGUCAUCGUCCAAAUGGGUCUGGAAUCUGUUUUCUGCUUGCAACCUCCCGGCGACAGCCCUACUCGCAAGGGAAUCUUCGACAGCCUGCAAACGGGCUGCAUCCCUGUGGUCUUCAACCGGCAACAAGCUGCGCUCCAGUACCUGAGCCAUCUCCCAGGCAACCACAGCGACUACUCCGUGAUCGUGUCCGAGGAGGACGUUUGCGACCACAACUACGACAUCAUGAACCACUUGUCUAGGAUCCCGCUAGCCGAGGUCGCGAGGAUGCAAGCCAAUGUCGUGAACCUGAUUCCGCGGCUCUUGUACAGGAAUACGAAGCUGACAGGCGACUACACUUCCAUGGAUGCGAUCGACGUUGCCAUGGGUAGUUUGUUGACGAGCUUCGACGCUGAGAAACCGAUCGCUGGAGCGUCAUCGUGAUCAGUGAUACCCUUCAAUCUCGUCGCUGCCGCUGCCGCCGCCACGGCCAUUGCAGAAACCCACCCACAUUCUUCCAACGUGUCGAUGUGUAGUGAUUAUUCCACCGCCUUCCGCGGUGCGAGCCAUCACAAAUCCACAACUGAUCACUCUUCUUCGGCGUGGUGCGAUGUCCCAUCCGCUUCGGGAUUUUUUUUAUUUUUUUUUCCUUUUCCGACAUGCUCUGCUUGCUUCACGCGAUAACCGAAGCCUUUCUUCCCCAUACCACAAGCCCUUCUUGUGUGUGGGUGUUGAUAGUAUCAUUCAAUUAGUUAUAGAUCUACUGUAAGUAUACCAGUUUACCGCCAUGAUUUUCUUUUCUUUUUUUUUGCUCAUUCUUUUUCACAUGAGCUGCAAUUUUGAUAACUCACUUUCGGAUUAACAUGCAAAUUGAGUUUAUGGUCUGAGUUCGUUUA